AUGUGGCGAGGGACCACCAGGGCGCUGUCGGCGCUCUCUCCCUCCGCCAUCGGUCUGAGAGCAGCGCUUGCCCCUCGGUGCGCUUCCACCGUAGUGGCAUCGGCCCGCAUCAGCCACAAAGUCAGCAAGGAUGUGGCCGAGUACUGGCAGCGUGUGCUGGACACGAGCGUGGACAAGACGACGGCGCGGGCGCUGCUGCCCAACCUGGAUGUGCAGCAGGUCCUUGGAUUGAGGGUGCCGGCAGAGGGGGAGGGUGCCGCGGCCGAGGGCAGCAGCGAGGAUAGGUCGCCGGCACCGGCGCCGAGGGUGCGCCGCGGGCCCGCCUUUGGCGGCAGCAAGCGGGGGCGGCCCCCUCUGCACUCCUACUUUGCCAGUGUGAAGAAGCAGUACCCCAAGUAUGUGACGCUGGUACGGGUGGGCGAGUUUUACGAGACCAUCGGCAUUGAUGCGGUGCUGCUGGUGCAGCACGCGGGGCUGAACCCCAUGGGCAGCGGCGUGACGCCGCGCGCGGGCUGCCCGCGCCAGAACCUGCGCCGCACGGUGGACGACCUCGUCAGCGCGGGGCUGUCGGUGGUGGUGUGCGAGGAGGCACCUGAGCCCUACUCCUACGGCUCCAUGCGCACCCGCCAGAAGCAGCGCUACGUGGCGGCGGUGGUCACUCCCGCCAACCCCCACCUGCUGCACGGGCUAGUAGAUGACGACACAGGCAGGCUGGAGAGGGACAUAAACAUAGACGCCGCGCCGCCCCUGCUGGCCCUUGUUCCUCAAGUGGGCGGGUACACGGUGCUGGAGGUGAGCGUGGACCUGCAGGUGGUGCAGGUGAUGGAGGGGCUCACCGAGGACGCCGUGUACGCGCGCCUGCACGAGGGCGGGCUGGCGCCGCCGCUCUUCCUGCACGUCCCCGCCUCCUCCGCCUCCUCCGACCGCCGCCUGAGCGAGGGCACGUUUGAGCGGGAGUGGGAGCAGCGGGUGGCAACCAUCUUCCGCUCGCAGGUGGGCGUGGUGGAGCGGUACAACGACCCCGACUGGCUGGAGGGCCUGCUGACCCGCGUGCGCCUCAUGCUGGGCCUGGACGCCGCCACGCCCUUCACAGUGAUCCGGGCCUCCACCAAGGACCGCCCCCGCCCCCUUUACUACUCCACCGCCCUCAACCUGGGUCUGCACAAGGCACGCGGCCAGCCCUGCCUGGUGGACUAUCUGCUGCCAGACGGCACCCCGCUGCCUGCGCGGCGCUGGAUGCGCCGCCUGCUGCUGCUGCCGCCGCCGGCCACCACCGCGGCGGCGGUGCACCGCGUCUGCCGCAUCCUGGCGGACCUGCGCGAGAGCCUGCCCGUCUUCCCGCUGGUGCCCGCCGCCAGUGUGGUGCUCAAGCUGCGCAACCGGGAGGCGAACGACACCUUCUUUAGAGAGAUUGGGGAGCUGUGCCAGGCACUCCUGGAUCUGCUGUCCCGUACCAAUGGCGAGAUACCGGUGCUGGCAUCCAGCCUGCUGGAGGUGUCGUGCCGGGAGAUGGGCGUGGCGCUGACCAGGGAGCAGCUGCAGCAAGGCUGCGCCACCGCGCUGCAAGCCAUUCACGAGGUGGUGGACCACGACACGCAGCUGGUGGGGGGCGACCCCGAGUGGCCGCCAGAGCUGGAGGACUGCUGCGAGGAUGUGCGGGAGGGGCUGUGGCGCCUCAAGCAGGCGAAUGAGGGCCCCUUCCGGGGCAAGGUGCGAGAUGAAGUGAUGGCGGAAGACUGCGAGGCGGUGGCCAUGGCAGCAGACCGAGUGCGGCGCGAGCUGGAACUCGCCUUUGAGCCGCUGCUGCUCGCGCACACGCGGGCUGGCGAGCCUGCCAAGCUGAAGCCCUCCAUCAUCUAUGACUCAGCCAACAACGCCCUGUGGCUCAGGAUACCCAAGAACGCAGCAGCCCAGCAAGCAGCCGGGGACCUCAUCCACCCUCACGACCGCAACGGCAGGCUGGAGUCCUCAGCCUAUGCCAGCCAUGGCCUGCAGUCUGCCCUAGACGACUACCGCCGCGCCUGCUACGACUCUGCCGCUGCCGUGCGCAGGCACCUGCGGGAGCUGGCCAGCCAGCUGCAGGCAGUGAACACGGAGCUGGUGUGUGCCGCCACCAUGGCAGUGUCCGCUGCGGCGCUGGAUGCCCACACCCGCGAGGCGCUGAGGCGGGGCUGGCAUCUCCCCACCCUGGCCUACACUUCCGACGGCAGCGGCGCCCCGGCAGCCCUGCCCACAGCUCAGGAGGGCUCCCAGGCUGCCCUGCCCGCCGCUCAGGACGCCUCCCAGCAGCAGCCCUUUGAGGUUGUAGAUUUCUGGCCCUACUGGCUGGAUGGCUGGGAGACUGCCACUGUGCGCAACACGCUGAGCCUGGAGGGCAUGGCGCUGCUGACGGGUCCCAACAUGGCCGGCAAGUCAACCGUCCUGCGCUCCAUGUGUGCGGCGGCGCUGCUGGGCGCCUGCGGCCUCUACGCGCCCGCCGCCUCCGCCACCGUGCCAUACUUUGACGCCUUCAUGCUGCGCACCUUUGCCUCCGACUCGCCGCUGGAGGGGCGGUCCUCGUUUGCGGUGGAGAUGACGGAGAUGCGGUAUGUGCUGGAGGAUCUGUCCCCCAGCUCCCUGGUGCUGGUGGAUGAGCUGGGCAAGGGCACCGAGGUGCGGGCGGGGUCGGCGCUGGCGGGCGCCCUAAUGGAGGAGCUGGAUGCGGCGCGCUGCCGCGGCAUCUUUGCCACCCACCUCCACUCCCUGGUGGACAUGAACCUCAACCUGACCAACACCGAGUUCCUGAUGAUGGAGACUGCGCCGGCUGAGGAGGAAGACGAGGAGGUGCUUCGGCCGCUGCUGAUGGCAGGGCUGGAGGAGGGCGGCCGCCAGCGCUCCGGCGCCGGGCGGGCCAGCAGCGGGGGAGGCGCCUCCGGCCAGGGCGCGCCUCGCAAGCCCACCUGGCGCAUCGUGCCGGGCAUCAGCACCGUGAGCCUGGCGCUGGAUGUGGCACGCCGGUGCCGCCUGCCGCGCCGUACCCUGGACCGUGCGGGGCAGCUGUACGGCCAGCUGGAUCCCAUGGUGGCACGCCCAGAGGUCAGCGCCAGCCCUGCCGGGGCGGAGGCGCAGCAGCCUGUAGAUGCAGCAGCAGCUGGAGCAGGUGGAAGCAGCCCACUCCGAGGCAGGGCCGCACGGAUGGCCAAGCCGAGGGCCAGCCGUUCUGGGGCCGGCAACGGGAGCAGUGCCGACAGCAGCCCCUGGACGCUCGCGGCGGCAGCCAGCACGCUGCAGCAGGUAGCUCAGGAGUCUCUGGCUAAGUGCACCGCGGAGGCGUCCAGCGAGGGCGCAGGGCAGGAGGCGGCGCAGCAGCUGCAGGUGGCGCAGUACGUGCUGCGCGGCCAGGCGCCCGCCCCCUCCACCGUGGGCACCUCCUGCGUGUAUGUGCUGCGCCGCCCCGACGGCUUCUUCUACCGUACGGGGCAUGGCGGGCCCAACAUGGACCUUGUGUAUUGUGUGCUGGGGCCGGGCGCCGCUGGGCUUGCCAAGGCAGUUGAGAGCUGCGUGAUCCGGGAGCUGCAGCGCCGCGGAUUCCCCAUGCGGUCGGCCACAGACGCACGGCGCCGGCACGUGGCGGGUGCUGGCAGCGGCGGCAGCAGAAGUCCUGCGGAGAGUGCAGCUGCUGCUGGCAGCUGA